CAAUACCUGAUACUCUACAGACGAAGGCAUUUCGGAGCAUUGGAAUUAUCAAGUCUGAAUUCCAAACCCCAACAAUGAACGUUGCGGUUGUGAAUAGCUCCACGAUCACGAAGUUUGUGGAUGACAAGAACACGUUUGAUAAAUUCGUGCGGGAACGGCUUGCGUUGCUUGAUGAAGAUGGCGACGGAGUGCUUUCGCCAGACGAUGUUCGCGGCGGAUUCAGCAAGUUAUUGCCAUUAGGUUACUAUCCCCGAGAAAAGGACGAGAUUGAUGGGCUCUGCAGAUCGGUCUUCGAGAGGUUUGAUGAAGAUCAAAACGGAUGGCUGGAUGGCAACGAGUUCAAGUCCUUCAUGACCGAGAUUAUGAAUGCUCUUGCUCGUGGCAUCGGUGGCUCUCCCCUCGUUGUUGUUCUUGAACAAGGCAGCUUCCUUUCCAAGGCUGUUCACCACGAAUUGGCCAGAGAUAGCGCAGAGUUGCUGAAACCUCUUGUGGUGAGAUUUUGUGAUCAUGAAGACUAUAAUCCUUUCAGUUCUAUAGAAUUUACGUGGCCUGCAUGA